AUGGAAAUGCUCAAAGAGUUGAAUCUCAGAAGAUACUCCCCUGAGGAGUUGGAAGAUUUGACCAAUAAUUUUAGUGAAGCAAACCUGUUUGGAGAAACCCAAUUUGGCAAAGUGUAUCGAGGAAAGACUCAGCGACGUCAGGAUGUGACUGUGAAGAUUUGGGAAGAUGUAGGAGACUUUCCUAAGGAAUGCAUCUUUCUAAUGGAGCCACGUGUCAACCAUCAUCCGAACCUGGUCAAACUGUUAGGAUAUUGCUGUGAAGAUAGUCUAUUGGGUGUUGUUUAUGACCUAAAACCUUUGGAUACAGUUGAAAACCUCAUUGUUAAAGAUCAUUUCUCCUGGCUCCAUAGAGUUAAGGUGGCAAUUGAUCUUGCUCGUCUGCUUAAGUUUUUGCAUGGUCUGGAGUUGCCAUACGUGGUUCGCAAUUUUGGUCCUCCACAUAUAAUGCUUGAUCAGGCUUACAAUCCAGUACUAUUCGACUUUGGUAUUAUAACUGGUGGAGUUUUCGGUAAAAACCAAAGAAUCCCAAAUAUUUACACUGUUGGAUUGGAAGGCUAUCUUGAUCCCACUAUUUCUGGUAUAGUUACAUCAACUAUUCAUUCUGAAAUUAUGUAUGGUUAA